UCUGCUGAUAGAACUGAUGACUGGGAAACCAAGACCUGGUGAAAGGGUUUUCAAUUUCCCUGCACAAGACUUUUUUGUUAUUGUACACUGCUGAGAUGACAGAAAUAAAUGCUCCUGUGGAUGUGGAGAGGACACAGCUUCUACAGCUGGCUGUCAGAAGAGAGUGGACAACACUGAAGCAAAUUCUAAAUACCUUAGAAAAGGGAGAUCCUGAAAUCUCCCAGGUAGAUGAGACUUCAGGCCUGAGUCUUUUGAUGAUUGCUGUACAAGAGAACCAGCUUCAUGUAGUAGAGAGAUUGCUAGAGCUGGAAGUGAAUCCUGGAGAAAAGACCAAGGAUGGCCAGACUGCAUUGCACAUCGCUGCUUUCUGCUCAAAGGAUGACAUUGUGAAGCUCCUAGCAAGCAAAACAGACCCAAAUACUCCAGGAGGGCCCAAGGCUCAGCUGCCACUGCAUUACGCCGCUUCUCGACCUGAUGAUUUUUUUAAUGUGGUGCACAGUCUGCUCAAAUUCUCCAACACAGAUGCACGUGAUACACAAGAUGAGGAUGGAUACAUUCCACUGUUGCUGGCUGUCAAAGCUGGCAAUGUUGGAAUUGUCAAGGAGCUCCUCUCAGACCGUUCAGAGUCACAGCUGAUGGCCAAGACAAAAGAAAAUGGAGACACGGCUCUGCACAUCUGCUGUCGAAGAAGGCAUGCUGAUAUGGCCAGAGUGCUGAUGGAAUUCAAUGUAAACCUUAACUGCCAAAAUGAUGAAGGGCAGACUCCUCUUCACAUAGCAGCCUGGGAAGAUGAUCAGGCAAUGCUGAAGCUUUUCUACCACAGGACAGCAAAUCCCAACAUUGCAGACAAGCUGGGCAGAUGCCCUCUGCACAUUGCAGCUGAACGAGGCCACACUACUGCAGUUGAAGUCCUCACUGAGUUACUCAACUCAAAUGUGCUGGAAAGAACCAAGGAUGGGAGCACAUUGCUGCAUAUUGCUUCUCAGUGUGGCAAUCUAGAGAUGCUGCAGUCAUUGCUAAAGAAAGGAGUACCAUUACACAUGGCAGACAAGUCAGGUGCAGUGUGUUUGCAUGUGGCUGCAAAGUUUGGUCACAAAACUGUAGUGCAAGUUCUACUCCAGAGGGGGUUGCAUGUAGAUGCCACCAAUAAAGACGGACUGACGGCGCUCCACGUUGCUGUAGAAAACUGCAAGCCUAAAGUUGUGCAGAUCCUAUUGGGCUCUGGUGCACAGGUGCAGCUCAGAGGAGGGAAGGCCCUGGAGAUGCCUCUGCAUAUAGCAGCCAGGGUGAAGGAUGGUGAGAAGGUGGCAGAGAUGCUAUUGAAGAGUGGAGCAGAGGUCAACACAGAGCAGGAUAAUGGUGAGACUGCAAUGCACAUUGCAGCAUGCCAUGGAAAUCUGCAGACAAUGGGGACCUUAUUAGAAGAGGGAGCUGAUCUCACCUGGAGAUCCAAGGCAGAGGAGACCCCGCUCCAUGUGGCCGUACGUCACUGCCAUGCUCACAUAGUUGUGUGGAUCUUGGAGUAUUUGACCAGGGAAAGACAUCGAAAGGGGACAGAGCUCUGUGUCCGUCAAGCGAACCAGAAAGGAGAGACCACCCUGCACCUGGCAGCUGAGAUACAGAAGAACAUUGUGCAUAGAGAUGAUGAGGACGUCCAAAUCAUUAGGACUCUGAUGGAGUAUAAUGCUGACAUUACAGCAGCUACCAGAGAGAAGGGAGAAACUCCAAUCCACUACUGUGCCAGGAUUGGCAAUGUUGCAGUGCUGCAGGAGAUGCUCAAUAAUGUGCCCAGCAACUGCCUACAGACAGCCAUCAACAAGCAGGACAAGACUGGCAGGUCUCCACUGCUUUUGGCAGCUGAGCUGGGACACAUGGAGGUAGUGAGGCUGCUGCUGGAAAGAAAUGCCAGAGUGGAUGUGUUUGAUGAGGAAGGAAAGUCUGCUCUCCACCUGGCUGCUCAACAAGGCCACGAGGAUAUUGCUGACAUCUUGCUCUCAUAUAAAGCCUUUGUAAAUGCUAAAACCAAAUUGGGCCUAACUCCACUGCACCUGAGCGCUCAGACCGGCUCAUCUCAUCUUGUUCAACUACUGAUAAAGGCACACAAGGCUCCUAUUGAUGCCCUUACUUUGAGUAAACAGACUCCUCUGCAUUUGGCUGCCAUCAGCGGAAAUUUGGACAUCUGCGAGAAUUUGUUUAGCAUUGACACUAUCACUGCCAAAGAUAUUCAUGGGCAAACCCCUCUUCACCUGGCUGCAGAGAAUGACCACUCUGAUAUAGUGAAGCUCUUUUUGCAGAAAAUGCCUGAUUUAGCCACACUGCCCAACAUGGAAGGAGCCACUUGCAUCAACAUUGCCGCAGCCAAAGGCAGUCUGACUGUCAUCCGAGAACUUCUCAAGUUGAGUCAGGAAGAUCCUACGACUCUGAACAACAAGGCUAAUGGCUCAUGUCCUCUGCACUUAGCUGCAGCAGGGGGUCACACUGAGGUUGUUAAGGCUCUCUUGGAGGCAGGGGCUUCAGCUGAAGAGGAAGACUUGGAGGGAAUGACAGCUGUCCAUCUGGCUGCCCGGCAUGGACACAUAGACAUUCUGGAGAUCUUGAAAACAAAAGUAUCUCUGAAAAUUACCAGCUUUAAGACAGGACUAACAGCCCUACAUGUGGCAGCCUAUUUUGGACAGGUGGAAGUUGUGAGGGAGAUUCUGACAGAUGUGCCAGCCACAAUCUGCAGUGAGCCACCCGGCAGAGACGCCAGAAGAAAAGAACAGCCACCUGAAGAGUCUGAGUAUACACCUCUGCACAUAGCAGCUCAGUCAGGCCAUGAGGAUGUGGUCCGCUUGUUGCUGAACUCACCUGGAGUCCUGCCUGAUGCUAAGACAAAGCCAGAGUGUUUUACCCCACUGCACCUGGCAGCUCAGAAUGGUCACACAGCUGUGGUUGGGCUGCUGCUCAGCAAAUCCAGUGCAUUACUGCCCCUCCGUGAUCGGCGUGGCCGUACUUGCCUUCACCUGGCAUGCGCUAGCGGGCAUGUGGCGACAGCAAGAGACCUGCUCUGCCAUGGUGCUGUCAUCAACGACACAGAUAAGGAGGGCUGGACUGCACUGCAUUUUGCGGCUAAAUCUGGUUGGCUUGAGCUGGUGCAGUUUCUGGUAGAGAGUGGUGCAUCAGUGCAGGCUGAGUGUUUCAUCAGACGCACGCCACUUCAGUAUGCUGCUGAGGGGAACCACCUGACCACCCUUAGCUUUCUACUACAGCAACCAAACAACAACAUACUAAAACUUCUGAAGAGCAGAAAGUUUGUUUUUGAUCUAAUGGUAUGCGGGAAACAAAACGAUAACAUUGCCCUGGAGGAGGUGGUGCUGUUUUCAGCAUCUCCUCUGGAUACGGCCGUGCAUCUGUCCCGGGCUUUAAGCUUGGUUUCUCUAAAGGAGAAGGUACGCUUUGCCGAUCUGCAGGCUGCUGCACGCCACUGUGAGACUAUGGCCUCUGACCUCUUAAUCACAGCCUCCACUGCUGAAGGUUUAAAUGCUGGGAAGGUGCUCAGGGCAGUUGAAUACAAUGGGAAAAGCAUGCUGGACUGUCUGAUACAAAGGAGACAGAAAAAUGUGAUGUCAAUUCCAGCAGUGCAGGAGUACCUAACAGAGGUGUGGUAUGGCAAUCUGCAAUGGGCUUCAUGGAAGAUCUUACUGCUGUUGUUCGGUCUGCUGUUCUGUCCUCCGCUGUGGCUGGCCCUGUCACUUCCACUCAAACACAGAUUCAGAUUCAUUCCUGUUGUGAAGAUGAUGAGUCAUCUAGUGUCCCACAUAUUUCUCCUGGCUCUCUUCAUCCUCACCAUUGUCUACCCACCUAUGAGUCCACCAUCUGCAUGCCGGCUAAAUCCAGGAUGGUGUGAGUGGUUUUUGCUGUUCUGGGUAUGUGGCAUGCUGUUAUCUGAGUUCACCCAAACAGCUAAGCGCAUGGAUUUGGCAUGGAUCAGGGUCCUUCUCUUGGUCUUCUCUGGAUUAGCUCUUUUAUGUCACCUGUUGGCUGUUAUCCUCUACUUGGCUGAAGAAUUACCAGUUCAUGUCUCAAACUGCCUGUUUGCCCGCAAUAUUCUAUUGGCAAUUGCAAUGACACUGGGUUUUAUCCAGCUCUUGGAGUUCCUUAUGUUCCACCACCUGUUUGGGCCAUGGGUCAUCAUUAUCAAGAAUCUGAUAAAGGACCUGUGUCGCUUUGGCAUUGUGCUGCUUUUCUUUCUGAUUGCUUUUUCUUUGAGCUUUACUGCUAUUUGCCAACCUGUGUAUACACUAAAUCAAGGCGAUAUUACAGUGACCCCCUGCAAUAAAAGCAUUAGUGAACCAUUGGGGGCAAAUGCGACCCCAAAGAUGACCCCCCUGAAUGGUGCAGUUUUGCUCUUUUUUGCUCUGUUUGGCUUAACUGAUCAAAAUCAAGUCAUAUGUUCAGACGAGACUGCAGGCUUUAUUAAACUUGUCUUUGGAAUCUAUUUGGUGCUGACGGUAAUCGUGCUGCUCAACCUGCUCAUUGCCAUGAUGAGCAACACAUACCAAUGCAUCCAGGAACAGUCAGACACUGAGUGGAAGUUCGGUCGUGCUAUCCAUAUCCGGGACAUGAGCUGCAAGCCUGACGCUCCCUCUCCAUUUAAUCUGCUCACCAGCCUCUUCUUCUGUGUCAGGUCCCUCUGCAAAAAUAGAGGGAAGCUGUGCUCAUUAAAGAGGCAGGCUCUUAUAAGGGAGGAAGAAGAAGCAGAUAUUUUGCCAGAGACCCAGUCUUUAAACACAGUGGAUCACACCUGCAUCCGUUGGUUCAAAGAAAACCAGACAACACAGUUCCUCCCUCAGGGUAGCCUUAUUGUGAUGCCCCAACAGGAAGAACAGGUGCACAUUGAGAAUGUGACUGAAUGGAGAAAGGUUGUACAACGUUUCCUAAUCCUGCGUGGUCAAAAGGACAGAGCAUCACCAGAAAAUGACCACCCCCCUUCAUCAGAAAUAAACCAUCCGUACUCAAUGUUAUCAUGAUUUGUGUUUUUUACCUAAACCACCUUUAUGACGAUUUACACUUUAACAUUUACAUUUGUGUUUCACUGAACACAGACUAUGCCACUGCCAAACAAAGCACUGCUUGUUGUUCAUUUAAAGGUUUAUACAAGUAGAAUAUGUAUUUGUUUUUGUUCUUAUCAUUAAUAUGUAGAGAAUGAUAUUGUAUUACAUGUUUGCUGUUUGUUAUUAUCAAGAUCAUCUUAAUGAUCACUGA